UUAACUGAAAUCCUUCUUCUCCUGCCCCGCUGGAUAGCUCUCUGACGCAGCGGAGACAUGGAGAACGUAGAAAGAACGGUGCCCUGGCGUGCCUGCCUAUGGGCUGUGCCAUCUGCAGGCUGUGACUGUCGUGUCGUAUCUGUGAAGACUCCCGUCCUGGGCUGCUGUGGAGCCUCAUUGUUCUCCACCCCCGUUUCCCAGGACAUGAAGAGAGGGGUGCCCAUGGACGCAGCACUCUGGAUGGUGUCCUGCUAUUUCGGACAGACAAUUGCUUGUUCAUGUUCACGGAGGAAGAGGAAGUCGAGUAUUGUGUAAUUAAACGGAAUCAGGAGAAUUUACGCUGAUAUUUGGGUCCAGAAAGAAAAAAAAAAGAAGAAGAAGAAAGAAAAAAGAAAUGAUAAUAAGCACCAUGAUGAGGAAAGAAUUCAUAGAUAAAGUGGAGCUAAAUCGUAGGGGCCCAAACCCAGAACCUAGGGCAGCAGGAGAGACAUUUUCCUCUCUCAGAAAUUUGUUUUCAGGAAAGUGCAUUUAUUCCAGACUGAAGUGUGUAUUUGAUAGUGCUCCCCAGUGAGCAGAAUGAGCCUCAUCUGGACAGAGAUAGGCAAAGGGAAUAUUUUCCCCAAAGUGGCAGAGGUCCCAGCGCUGAGCCUGGCCCCCACAGCUAGCCAGCAGAGUGAAUGUCCCAACCCUCCCUUCUGGGGAGGUGGGGAGGGGAGGAGACAAGGAGGGCAUCAGGGAAGGUCAAUGUCAGGACCACUCCAGAUCACCUCCUGGUCUUCAGGGCAGAAGACACAAGUGGGGUUUCCCGGAAACUAUAGCCUUCUGGUCUUUGGCUUCCUGAGUGCCAGCCAGAGGCUAGAAGCCGCUUAGUGAUAGGAUCCAGCUGGAACUCUGUGCCCCAGCUGACAGUGGUGGUAGCUCUGUGAAAUCCUCCUCUCCAUUGGCCUCCCUUCAGGGUUUCUUCUCUGCCUGCCUCUCCACCUCUCAGAUGGAUCCUUCCGCAAGCUUGGACCUGCUUCCUCACCUCCCGUCCCCUUGCUCUUCCUCCUUGUCUUUUCCAACGCAGGAGCUGCAGAGAGCUCACCUAGUCCACGGUUUGGCCACCACCUGCUGGUGUGCUGACUCAAAUCUGCAUCUCCAGGCCUCAGGAUUCCCCUGGCCUCCGGCCCUGUGAGGGCAGGUCUGUCCUGGGCCUCUCCAUCUGGAAAUGCAGGGGGCCCAGAAGGCAUGAUGUGGACACACCCAGACUCGUGGUUCACUCCCCACAGGCACCUCAGUGUGCCCUUCCCGGGGUGCUCGUCAUGUAUCCAGUCAUCUGAGCCUCAAGCCUUGGUUAACUCUGUCUACCCCCCUCCCUCCCUUACCCUCCAGUGCCCACGGGGUUUCCAAGUCUAGUCAAGGCUACCCUGAAAUCUCCCUGCAACUUGUCCUCCCCUCUCGACUCCCUCUGUUCCCCCAAGUCAGGCCCCCAAUAGCUCUUCCUGCCCCUUCCCCCGGCCCUCAACUGCUCUGCUCCCCUCCUCUCCUUGCACCCCACACUCUGAUGACCCCUUCUUCCCUUUCUUCUUCCUUUCCAUUAGCAUUAUAACAUGUACAAGCCUCUCUUAAUUUUGUCUUCACCUGACCUCCGUCCUGACUCUCCCCUUCCCUUCCCAGACAGGAUUCUUGAGAAGAAUCUUCUCUACUCCAUACUCGUGCCACCACUCCAACCACCGCAGUCUGGCUUCAGCCAUCCUGCUGCCCACAACCAGGUCCCCAGGGGCUCUCUGUAACGGGGCAGGCUGAGUCUGUCAUGUAUACAGUAGUGCUGCUAACAGCCCCUCCUUGCGGGGCCCCCUCCCCAGUGUAGCUCCACACUCCCCAUCUCCUGUCCCUCUAUCAGCUGCACCACCUGCCUGGUGACUGCUCUGUGCCCUGCCUCCUCCCCAUCAUUGCCGUCACCCACCUGCUGCUUUGCCUGCCCUCCCCCAGAGUUCAGGGACUCCUGCAGCUUCAAUUUCAUGCAGGCCCAGGGUGACGCCCACGUGGGAAUCUCCAUACCCCAGCCCCCCCAGAGAGCCACAUCCCACAUCCAGCUGUCUGUGGGACCCUCCACCUGGAUGAGUCACAAGCACAUCAACCUGAGAGGAUCCAAAACCACUUACCCUCUCCUGGCAAACCUGCAACCCGGUCCGUGUCCCUUAUUCUAAAAAUGGUAUCACCACCCGCCUAGAUGCCCAUGCCAAGAGCACCUUAGUCAUUGUGCCUCCUCCUUCUCCCCUUCUUACGUACAGCGUCCAAGUCUUGCUGAGUGUGUUACCUCCUCCACACCCCUGGAGUUUGUCCGCCUCUCUGAAUGCCCACCUCCACCACUAUUGGUCCAGCUCUUACAUGGUCCCCCUCCUAGUCACCUGACCUUCCCACCCCAGGCUCGCCCUGUUUUGCCUGGGCCUCUCCCAGCCUGUUCCUGACACUGAUCAUGUCACUUGCCUGCUUUUCCGUCACCUGCAUGACUCUUAGUUUGGGUCUGGGUCCUGUGACGUGUCAUCCCGCUUCCUCUCUCCUUGACCUCCCUGUUCCUGAAUGCAUGCCGUGGUUACCUGGCUAACUCCUUUUCACCCUCAGGCCGAGGAACAGGUGUCACUUCCAUAGAGCCAAGGGUCUCCUCCCAGCCCCCCAGGCCCCAGCUGCCACUCUCCAUGGCAGGGUAUUGGCUCAGGGAUCUCUAAACGGUGAGCUUUUUCAGAAAGAGCCUCGAUCUCCUUUGCUAGCAUGCCUCUGUCUCCCCAGGGCUACCGGUGCCAGGUAACUGGUGGGUGAUUAAUAGGUGUUUGGAUGGAUACUUAGCUCCCUCCCAUGUGACUGUCUGCUUAGGCACUCUGCGCUGCUCCGGGCCAGGAAUCUUGCCCCUUCUUCCAUCUCUUCACAGCAUCCAUCUGGCGCGUGGUGCUGCAGAGACGUUUACUUAAAGAGAAUGAGUGUGUACCAAGGCAAGGGACCCCACCCUUCUCCAGGGUUUCCAAGGGUAGCUUAGCGUCUAACAAAACCUGCCCCAUGUAUUUUUAGCUUCUGGCAGGCAUAAGGUUUACUCCUUAUCUGUCUGCCAGUUAGCAAGCCCUGGGGUGAGUGCUCUUCCCGAAAUGCAGAGGCCGAGUGUGAUGGGAGUGCGGUGGGCAUCAGCGGUGCCCGUCAGUCACCCCUCUCCCCCAGAGUUUUGUAGCCUCAGACCAGGGAGGGACCUCGGAGCUGGGCAAGCUGCGGGCCUGGAGGACAGAGACGUGUGAGGAACCCAGCACACCACCGCCCCGCCCGCCACGCUGUCCCCGCUGCCAGCCCCCCACACCCGCUGCGCUGCCGGAUGACCCGUGGCCCCGGGGAGGGCGCAGCGGGGAGCGCGGGCCUGGGGCUGCGGGGGUGCCGCGCAGCGGGGGCGGCGGGUCGGAGGCGGGGGCGCCCGGCUUCCCCGCCCCUCGCGGCCGCUCCCUCCCGCUCGCCGCCUACUUAACCUGGCCCGCGGCGGCGGCGCUCUCACUUCCCGAGGUCCGCGUCCUCUCGCUCCAUGGCGCUCCUCCUGCGGCUGCUGCCCCUCGCCCUGGCGCUGGCCCUGGGCCCCGCCGCCACCCUGGCGGGCCCCGCCAAGUCGCCCUACCAGCUGGUGCUGCAGCACAGCCGGCUCCGGGGCCGCCAACACGGCCCCAACGUGUGUGCUGUGCAGAAGCUCAUCGGCACCAACAAGAAGUACUUCACCAACUGCAAGCAGUGGUACCAGAGGAAGAUCUGUGGCAAAUCAACAGUCAUCAGCUAUGAGUGCUGCCCUGGGUACGAGAAGGUGCCAGGAGAGAAGGGCUGUCCUGCAGCCCUACCUCUCUCAAACCUUUACGAGACCCUGGGAGUCGUCGGCUCGACCACCACCCAGCUGUACACAGACCGCACAGAGAAGCUGAGGCCCGAGAUGGAAGGGCCAGGCAGCUUCACCAUCUUCGCCCCCAGCAACGAGGCCUGGGCUUCCUUGCCAGCUGAAGUGCUGGACUCCCUGGUGAGCAACGUCAACAUCGAGCUCCUCAAUGCCCUUCGCUACCACAUGGUGAACAGACGAGUCCUGACGGAUGAGCUGAAACACGGCAUGGCCCUCACCUCCAUGUACCAGAAUUCGGACAUCCAGAUCCACCACUAUCCCAAUGGGAUCGUGACCGUCAACUGUGCUCGGCUGCUGAAAGCCGACCACCACGCAACCAAUGGUGUGGUGCACCUCAUCGAUAAGGUCAUCUCCACAGUCACCAACAACAUUCAGCAGAUCAUCGAGAUCGAGGACACCUUCGAGACCCUUCGGGCCGCCGUGGCCGCCUCUGGGCUCAACACACUGCUUGAAGGUGAUGGCCAGUUCACGCUGUUGGCCCCGACCAAUGAGGCCUUCGAGAAGAUCCCUGCUGAAACCUUGAACCGGAUCCUGGGUGACCCAGAGGCCCUGAGAGACCUGCUGAACAACCACAUCCUGAAGUCAGCCAUGUGUGCCGAAGCCAUAGUCGCAGGGAUGUCCGUGGAGACCCUGGAGGGCACUACGCUGGAGGUGGGCUGCAGCGGUGACAUGCUCACCAUCAACGGGAAGGCCAUCAUCUCCAACAAAGACAUCCUGGCCACCAAUGGUGUGAUCCACUACAUCGAUGAGCUGCUCAUCCCAGACUCAGCCAAGACGCUGUUUGAGUUGGCUGCAGAGUCGGACGUUUCCACAGCUGUUGACCUUUUCAGACAAGCUGGCCUCGGCACUCAUCUCUCCGGAAACGAGCGGGUGACCCUCCUGGCACCCCUGAAUUCCGUGUUCAAAGAUGGAACCCCUAACAUUGAUGCGCGCACAAAGAAUUUGCUUCUCAAUCACUUGAUUAAAGAGCAGCUGGCCUCCAAGUAUCUGUACCAUGGACAGACCCUCAACACUCUAGGUGGCAAAAAACUGAGAGUUUUUGUUUAUCGCAAUAGCCUGUGCAUCGAGAACAGCUGCAUUGCUGCCCAUGACAAGAGGGGCAGGUAUGGGACACUCUUCACCAUGGACCGAAUGCUAACCCCCCCAAUGGGGACCGUCAUGGAUGUCCUAAAGGGGGACAAUCGCUUCAGCAUGCUGGUGGCCGCCAUCCAGUCUGCAGGGCUGACAGAGAUGCUCAACAGGGAAGGCGUCUACACAGUCUUUGCUCCUACAAAUGAAGCCUUCCAGGCCAUGCCACCGGGACAGCUCAACAAACUCCUGGGCAAUGCUAAAGAGCUUGCCAACAUCCUGAAAUACCACAUUGGCGAUGAGAUCCUGGUCAGCGGAGGCAUCGGAUCCCUGGUGCGGCUGAAGUCUCUCCAGGGGGACAAGCUGGAAGUCAGCUCAAAAAACAAUGUAGUGAAUGUCAAUAAGGAGCCUGUUGCUGAAGCUGACAUCAUGGCCACAAAUGGCGUGGUCUAUGCCAUCUCUAAUGUCCUGCAGCCUCCAGCCAUCAGACCUCAGGAACGAGGGGAUGAACUUGCAGACUCUGCACUUGAAAUCUUCAAACAGGCAUCUGCAUAUUCCAGGGCCGCCCGGACCUCUGUGAAACUAGCUCCUGUCUAUCAGCGGCUAUUAGAGAGGAUGAAGCAUUAGUGCGGAAGAUGUAGGAAGAACGCACUUCGGCAGCUCCCUGCCACUUUCUCUGAGUUUACCAAAGAGACUGAAUGUUUUUGAAACCAAAUAUCACACACACUUCAGUGUAUCUGGGCGGCACCAUAAUGAGAUCUGAGCCCUGGGUGGGUGGAGGGAGGAGAGAAAGAGAUGUCCUUUAAAUUGUUUUCCCCCCACACGCGGCUGGUAACCUACUCCAUGCAGAGACCUGGAUGUCACUGCCUGAGAGUCGCUUCCAAAAAGGCCCUGUCCCAAACGUGGAAUUUCCUGCCCGUGCCAAGUGCUCUGGAAAAGGGAGCUGAGGUUUUGUGGAGCUCACAAAACACGAAUCACGCGCUCCAGCAUCCUGGGUGGGGGGUAGUCCUGGCGUGGUCUCUGUAAAGCUCUUUUGCAACUGGAGAAAUGGCAUCAUUAUAAGCUAUGAGCUGGAACUGCUCUGUCCAGCGCGUCUCGUGCCUGCACGUGGUUUGGACACUUCUUUGUGGCCCUGUCCAGGUAGGAAAGAGAGGGCAGGUGGAACACGCAGAGCCCAGGAUUUCCCAGGUGUGGCAGAGCCAUUGUGUGUUGGUGAAAAUAAAACCAAAGGAACAUG